UCUUACUGGCUCGCGCGGGACAAGAGAAAAGGAGGCAGUAGACCUGACACACAACUACAAGACGGUUAGGGGCGAGGGAAAGAAGACACCCAGCCCUGGUUGUCACACCAAAAAGGAAAAAAAUAAUAAAUAAAUAAAAAACAAGCAAGCAAGCAAACAAGAAGACAGCCUGUGGCGUUUCAGCGGAGACAGACCGGGAGGAAUCCGUUAACCUCCGCAUGUCCGAAGGUCGCGUGUUUCCAGUGUGGCGGGGGAUCGGGGCCAGUAGCGGCGUCGGAGGUGGGUGGAGCCAGGGCUGGGGACGCUGCUUGCGAUGGGAGCCCGACGGUCCGGGACAAGUGGCCCGGAUCCCAGUGUUUGACUACCCUGUCUGGUUAGUCCGCUGUCGCGGCGGACGUGCCAGGCUCAGGGAGGUGUGUCAGAGAGGGAGGGGUGCCAUCAGACUGCCCACAGAGAUGCUCAGCAUCAAGCUUCCCCAGCUCUUUGACAUUCACCAGGUCCCCAAGGUGUUCAGGGAGGACAGCAUCAUCUCUGGAUACCGCCACCCUCGGAGCUCGGCGCUGGACUGCGUCCUCAGCAGCUUCCAGAUGAACAACGAGACGAUCAACAUCUGGACCCACUUCUUGCCAACAUGGUAUUUCCUGUGGCGUUUCUGUGUCCUCUGCUCCACUAUGAACUUCCUGACCGACAGCUACACCUGGCCCCUGCUGGUGUACAUGCUGCUCAUAUGCAUUUACCCCUUCACCUCCAGCUGCGCACACACCUUCAGCAGCAUGUCUCCAGAGUCCCGCCACAUCUGCUACUUCUUUGACUACGGAGCGCUCAGCCUCUACAGCCUGGGUUGUGCCAUAAGCUACGGAUACUAUGUCAUGCCAGACUGCUGGGUGAACAGCUUCCUCCAUCAACAUUUUGUCCCCAUUGCCGUUGGAAACACAUUGUUCUGUACCAGCCUGUCCUGCUACUCCAGGUUCCUGGAGUUGCAGUUCCCACAGAGAAGUAAGGCUCUGAGGACGGGAGCGUUUGUCGUCCCAUUUAUGUUUGACACUGUCCCUCUGUUUUACAGGAUCCUUCUGUGCUGUGGGGGAAGCUGCAGCCCGAACGACGCCUUGUCCAGUCACUGUUACCACCUCCUCUUCGCCUUCCUCACCUGUUUCCUGUUUACCGCACACCUCCCGGAGAGGUUGGCCCCGGGGCGAUUCGACUACUUUGGCCACAGCCACCAGCUCUUCCACGUCAGCGCUGUAGUGGGGACCCAUUUCCAGAUGGAGGGCGUGAUAGCAGACAUGACGUUGCGGCGGGCGUGGCUCCUGGCCCAGGGAGCGACGCCCUCCUUCCUGGGCACCAUCGGGGUGCUGGUCGUCAGCCUCGUCCUCAACCUGGGCAUCAUCGGUAUUUUCAGCGCCCCACUGCUGUGGAAACCCUACCGCAGCUCCAACCAGCCGCACGCACCAUCGAGCGAGUGCAAGGAGCAGUGAGGGCGCAUUUGCCGCCUAUAGCCGCAAAAUGGCCGGUCCACUUUCCAAAGGAAAGGUUUGGCUGUUUGUCUGUCUCAGCAUUGUGUGUUUGAGAUGACUAUUAACAGUUCACAGUAGUGCUUGUUUAACACCAUUAGUUUUAUCAUUGAGAGAUAAGGUUUUUGAUACAUUGCGUUAAAUGCUACAGCAUUUUUCUAACAAUGUUACACAGCAGAAGUACAUGAUCGUGUGUUUACUCAGAAGCUGAGGACCCAGUCACAUUUAUUGAAGCCUUUUUCUGAUGUUACGUUAGGCUUGUGUGUGUGUGUGUGUGUGUGUGUGUGUGUGUGUGUGUGUGAGUGUGUGUGUGUGUGUGUGAGUGAGAGGCUGGAGACGUGUCUACCAGUGUCUUGUUUAAUUUAUUUUUAAUGGUCCCUGAUGUGCAUUCAGAAAGGCUCUGGGUUGAAGGAAGCACGCUGUAAUAACACGACACACGUGUGCCUUACCGUAGGCCUGCGCUUCACUUACAGUGUUUACAGUAGAUCACUACAAGUGCGAGUUUAAAUCUCAAACUGGAAACAUCAAAGGUCACAGUUCACAGGGAUGGUAUUUUGAGUUAAUGACACUUUUUUUUUUU